UGAGAAUUCUAGUCUCUCAACUCCCUCUAAAGCAAAAACAUAGGUAAAUCAACAUGGCAUUUGGACUGCGUGGUAUUGUUAAGGGUAAGAAAGCUCUUCGCCGGACACUUUCUGGACUUAAAGAAGCAACACUGAAGUCUACAACUGUCCCAAAAGGCUACUUUGUGGUGUAUGUUGGAGAGAACGAGAAGAAGCGCUACGUAGUACCUGUGUCCUACCUUAAUGAGCUUGCAUUUCAAGAGUUGCUUAGCAUGGCAGAGGAAGAGUUCGGGUAUGAGCAUCCGAUAGGUGGACUCACAAUUCCCUGCAGAGAAGACAUCUUCGUUGAUCUGACUUCUCGAUUUUGA